AUGGACUCCCUCACAACCGCCGCCUCGGCCCUUUCCCCGGCCCAAUGGUGCCAGAUCUUCUUCGGCCUCUCCUCAGCCGCCGUGCUGGCCAUCCAAGUGAUACCCAAGGCAGCCCAGCAUGCGAUACUCGACUACGGCGCUCGCUCGCCGGCCGGCACCGAUGACCAGACGAAGGGAGGCGGACCGCAGACCACGAACAUGUUCAACGACCUCGUCAAAGCUUUCGCCUCCAUCGGCCAGAUCCCACACGCAUGGUUCAUGCACUUUUACGUCGCCUCGAUCGUAGGCUCAGCCUUCUGGGCAUUCGAGUAUCUCCGAGACGGGCCCUUUUUCAGAUUGAUUGCGGCCAGGCAGGCGCAGUCGGCAAGUCCCGCCAUGAGCCUCGAGCAGACCAUCCUCAUCUGGGCACUGAUGGCGCUGCAAGGCUCACGUAGACUCUAUGAGUGCUUCUUUGUGAUGAAGCCCGGAUCUUCCAAAAUGUGGUUUGUCCAUUGGUUGCUGGGCCUAGGUUUCUAUCUCUGCAUGAGUGUGUCGGUCUGGGUUGAUGGAUCAGGCGAGUCUCUUCGCCCGCAUCAUCACCGGCUUCUACUGACUUCCUCAGCCGCCCUCCGUGCUUCCCCAGAAUGGAAUCUGGAGGCCCUGUUAUCGCUGCAGUCUGUCAUCGGAGUCGCCAUGUACCUAUACGGCUGGACGAUGCAAAAUUGGUGCCAUAAACACCUGGCCAGUCUCAAGAAGUAUUCGCUUCCUGAGCGUGGUCUCUUCCAAUAUCUCGUCUGCCCUCAUUACACCUGCGAGUGCCUCCUUUAUCUUGGACUUGCCAUUGCAGCCGCACCGAGGGGCCAAUGGAUCAAUCGUACUCUUCUCAGCGCUUUCUGGUUCAUCGUAGCAAACCUCGGCACAACCGCCGACGGAACCAAGGAGUGGUAUGCGCAAAAGUUUGGUGCCGAAAAGGUGGCUAGCAAAUGGAAAAUGAUUCCAUUCCUCUUAUAG